UGUAAAUUAUAAUAUCUAAGAAGUAACAAGUGUGGCAUUUUGCUUCAUCUUAUCCAACCCAGUUAGUGUCCAAAACCCUGCAACUUCAACACAAACUCCUCAAACCCCUUCAUCUAUGGUAUCAAAACCAAUACAAAAACCCACAAAUCAAUCUUCAUAACCCAUUCUACAACCCACAUUUCAGUUACCUUCCAUCUUCCAACAACAAUGGAACUUUCUUCCACCUUUCUACUCUCCCCAAAACCAUCCUCAUCCCCACCAACUAACUUCUCUUUCUCUUCCUCCUUCUCUCCUUUCCCCAUCCAAAUUCUAAUCAAAAACUCCAAACCCUAUAACCACUCUCCACAAACCCUACGCGUUCUCGCUGUCAGCAUAGAUUCAACAAAAGAAUUCCCUAGAAACAAUCCUCAACGACUUCUAAAGGAACUCGCAGAACGCAAAAAAACCACUUCUCCAAAAUCAAAAUCCCCCUCAAGAAGGUACAUCUUAAAACCUCCACUAGAUGACAAAAAAUUAGCAGAAAGGUUUCUCAAUAGUCCCCAAUUGUCUCUCAAAUCGUUUCCUUUAUUGAGUUCAUGUUUACCGUCUUCGCGGUUUAGCAAUGCCGAUAAACUGUGGAUUGAUGAGUAUUUACUCGAGGCGAAACAAGCGCUCGGGUACUCGCUUGAGCCGUCGGCGAUGUUAGAGGAUGAUAAUCCUGCGAAACAGUUUGAUACUUUGUUGUAUUUGGCGUUUCAGCAUCCUUCGUGUGAGAGAACGAACGCGAAACAUGUUAAGUCGGGGCAUUCGAGGUUGGUUUUCUUGGGGCAGUUUGUGCUUGAAUUGGCAUUGGCGGAAUUUUUCUUGCAGAGGUAUCCGAGGGAAUCGCCGGGGCCGAUGAGGGAGAGAGUUUUUGGGUUGAUUGGGAAGGAGAAUUUGCCUAAGUGGAUUAAAGCUGCUAGUUUGCAGAAUUUGAUAUUUCCUUUUGAUAAUAUGGAUAAGAUUGUGAGAAAGGAUAGAGAGGGACCUGUCAAGUCGGUGUUUUGGGCUUUGUUUGGGGCAAUAUAUCUUUGUUUUGGUCUUCCAGAAGUUUAUCGUGUUCUUUUUGAAGUCUUUGGAAUGGAUCCGGAUGAUGAGGAUUGCCAGCCCAAGUUGCGAAGACAACUUGAAGAUGUGGAUUAUGUAUCUGCUGAGUUUGAAAGCAAACUAACCUGGCAAGAUAUAGUUGCUUAUAAGCCUCCUGCAGAUGCUCUGUUUUCUCAUCCAAGGUUGUUUAGAGCUUGCGUCCCCCCUGGGAUGCAUCGAUUCAGAGGAAAUAUAUGGGAUUAUGAUAGCAGACCUCAAGUAAUGAGAACUCUUGGAUAUCCAUUAGAAAUGACAGACAGAAUUCCAGAAAUUACUGAAGCCAGGAAUGUAGAGCUUGGACUUGGAUUGCAGCUUUGUUUCCUGCAUCCAUCGAAGUUUAAAUUUGAGCAUCCUAGAUUUUGCUUUGAGAGAUUGGAAUACGUUGGCCAAAAGAUACAGGAUUUGGUGAUGGCUGAAAGAUUGUUGAUGAAGCAUUUAGAUGCUCCUGGGUUGUGGUUACAAGAGAAACAUCGCCGCAUUCUUAUGAACAAAUAUUGUGGAAGAUACUUGAGGGCCAAACAUCUUCACAAGUUUAUUAUAUAUGAUGUUAAGGUGCAAGACGCUUAUGAGCGCAACCGAAGACGGAGAAACCCAGCCACAACAGCUAUUAAUCAAGCUAUUCACGGACUCUCGUAUCUUGUUUAUGGGAAACGUGAUGUGAGACGUCUGAUGUUUGAGUUUUUCGACUUUGAGCAGGUCCAACCUAAAGAGGUCUAAAUAUGAGAAGAAAAUGACAUGGCAAUAGAAGUACUCUCAAUUUGCUUUUUUUCAACUUUUCAAUUCAUCCCCUUGAUAUGCUUUUCCAUAUCAAGAUUUGAUCUUCCUAGUUUUAGGUUAUUUACAAAUUCUUCUUUGGAAGUUGCUCUUGUAUAUAUUGAUUGUAUUUUAUUUUUUGAACCUGGGCACCUUCGGUAACCCGAACGGAUAUGAUGAUACAUAAGUGCUUGUUCAAUUUUCCAUGGCUCAGAUCAUGGAGCAAAAACAUGAUAUGACAAAUAUGUAAUGUUGGUAUAA